AUGGGUUUGAACGUCGAACCGAACGAAGAAAAUACGACUGCGUCGUUCUUUCUCAAUUUCGGUGAGAAAAGGAACACAAAUUGGCGCGAGCUGACCGCGAGUUUCGGGAAUGCCAGAAGAAUGUUCAAAAACAAGGCAGACACUUUGUCGCGCAUUUUCAAAAUUCAUAUCGAUCGUUUGAAGAGUCAAACCGACCAGGUCGAAUUGAUAUUCCUCGUCGAUGCCUCGGGAUCCGUGGGUUUGAAAAAUUUCCAAAGCGAAUUGAAUUUCGUGAAAAACCUUCUGUCCGACUUUGUCGUGGAACCCUCGGCCGCCAGAGUUGCGAUCAUAACAUUCGGCGGGAAAAGGAACAUCAGACGCAACGUUGAUCAGAUAUCUCGUACCGGUGACAAUGAUCACAAGUGCUUUCUGUUAAAUAAACAAUUAAACAACAUUAGCUACACUGGUGGUGGAACGUAUACACGUGGCGCUCUUAUAGAAGCUCUUAGAAUUCUUGAGAAAGGCCGACAGAACGCGGAGAAGGCAGUGUUUCUUAUAACGGACGGGUUCAGCAAUGGCGGCGAUCCGCGACCGGCAGCGAAUCUGUUGAAAAGUGUUGGUGCGACAAUAUUCACGUUCGGAAUACGAACGGGGAACGUGCAGGAGCUUCACGAUAUAGCCAGCCUUCCGGAAUACACGCACAGUUAUUUUCUCGACAGUUUCGCCGAAUUUGAAGCCCUUGCACGACGUGCGCUGCACCGUGAUUUGGGAUCUGGGAAAUAUGUACCCGUGACGAUACCAGACAAUUGUGGUCUCUUGUGUCGAAAUAUUAGCGAGAUCGAGAACGACCAAAAUUGUUGCGACAAUUCCGCGACGUGCGCCUGCGGGAUUGCAACCGGCCAUUACGUUUGCAUCUGCCCCACUGGAUACUUUGGCUCCGGUUUCAAAGGAUCCUGUCAACCUUGUCCAAACGGUACAUACGCUUCCGAAGAAAUAUCUGGUGAUUCUACAUCCACGUGCAUAUCAUGCCCUGAUGCCAAUCAUGUGACUAUCAAAGUGCCAGCAACUUCUGUGGAGCAUUGUGUUUGCGCAUCAGGAUUCACGACAGACGGAAAUAAAUGCGAAGUUAUAACAUGUCCCAAGUUGAAGAUACCCGAGAAUGGAUACUUGGUAAAGGCUGGCGCAUGCAGCAACGUCGUCCACGCAGCUUGCGGUGUAAGAUGCAAAAUCGGUUUUUAUCUUACAGGCGAUAGUAUUCGACUUUGCGGGAAAAAUGGCAAUUGGUCUGGAAAUGAACCGAAAUGUCUGCUGAAAACUUGUCCAGCGCUUCGAACACCGACUCAUGGUCGAAUGCGGUGUCAGAACGAAGAGGACCAACAUUUGAUCACGGAGAAUUUCACGGCAUAUCCGAUCGACGCGCGUUGCCAAUUCAGAUGCGAUAACGGUUAUCAGCUUCGCGGGAGCAAAAUUCGUAAUUGCUUGCCCUUGUCGCAAUGGGAUGGCCUCAAAGCGACUUGCAAAGCAAUAACGUGUGAGCCUCUGAAGCAAAUUGUAAAUGGGGAAAUAUUACCUGGAAAUUGUUCUGGGCCAGAAAAGGUGCCGUUUGCGACAAACUGUACGAUAAUGUGCAAAAAAGGUUUCGUGCUUGAAGGGCCACGUACCAGACUAUGUGGUGGACGUUCUGGAGUUUGGUCACAACGACGAAGUAUUAAUCGUUGCACAGAUAAAACGCCACCUUCGAUAAUAUGUCCACCAGAUAUCGUCACGAUGAGCUUGCCAAAACGAAAUUAUGCAUACGUUAAUUGGUCGACACCAACAGUAUUCGACAAUGCGGAUGAGUUUCCUCUGAUCUGGAGUAAACCUUACAUCACGUUUCCUUGGAAAGUGAAAAUCGGUACGCGAACAGUAAUAUACGUGGCGCAAGAUGUAACUGGGAAUAAAGCCAGAUGCAAAUUUAAAGUCAAAGUUAUCGACACAGAACCGCCAAUGGUCGAAAAUUGCAUGGAUCCCCCAGUGUUUUUCACUGACAAUGGAAUCGGAGUAAGUAACGUAACUUGGGACGAGCCUGGUUUUUACGAUAAUUCAAAAGCACCAGUUCGAGUGAAGCAAAAUUAUUAUCCUGGGGAAAGUACAUUCCCGAUCGGAUUGACAAAAGUGAUAUACGACGCUAUCGAUAAAUACGAUAAUAAAGUAAGCUGCAUACUGAACGUCACUAUAAAAGACGUGUGUCAAGAAAUUCCAGAGAUUCUGAACGGUUACUCAAAUUGUUCGUCGUCGGUCAAGACGAGCGAGUGCACUAUAGGGUGCGAAAAAGGAUUUGGAUUUGCGGAUGUGAUCCCUAAUUUUCGCAUCGUGGAAGACGCGUUGCAAUUAAACUGUGACACGAGUAGUUCAAAUUGGACCGAAGAAAGUUACUUUCCCGAUUGUACGGAAUCAACAACACUGCAAACUGUGUCCCAAGAAGGAAGCAUCGUGUUGGAAGGAAAUGUUUCGACUGUAUGCAAUAACCAAACGACGCUCCGUGAAUUGAGCGAAUAUAUUACUGCCGAUUUAAGAUCGACGUUGUUCGAUAUUUGCGGAAACAAUAUCGAGUGCAGCCUAAUUACUUUCGAUCCUGAGUGCGAGGAAAAUGUGUCACCGACCAACACAUCCUACUCAAACUUGCUAAGAAAACGAAGGGAAUUUAAACAUUGCGAUGUUCCUGGCAGAGAAUUAUUUCUAAAUAUCGGUACAAAAUCGAAACGGGACGUUAAAACGAAUAACGACACCGAUAGAAACAAAUCGAAAAUGAAAAAGAAGAAAGAGAAAAUUGAAAUAAAGUUCAAAUUUCUAGGAAAGAUAAUCGAGGAAAAUUUCGAAAACCCGCGAUUGGGGGUGCAAAAACUGAGGGAGAAAAUCGAAUCGAUGACCAAGUCUGGGAAACUAAAUUUGCUGAACGACAAAACCAACCAAGAAAUCGCGAAGCUUGCGCUAAAUCUACAUCUCGUUUUCAAGAAUUUUCAGGAACUUUGCGAACCAGGAAGCGUUCUGAAGAAGCAUACUUGUGUGAAAUGCCCAUUGGGAACUUUCUUCAAUUCCUCGAACGAACAUUGCCAGCCCUGUCUUUUCGGGGAAUACGAGAACACCAGUGGCUCCUUGAAAUGCAAACGUUGUCCCGAGUACACUUUCACGAAAAGGAUGCAUGCAAAAUCUUUGCAAGAUUGUAUACGUUUAUGUAGACCAGGAUACUAUUCUCGAAAGAAACGCCAUCGAGGCACGCGUUUGACUCUUGAACCUUGUCUAAUGUGCGAUAUUGGAUUUUAUCAACCCGAAUACGGGCAAAUUCGUUGUCUGUCAUGUCCAACCAAUACUACUACGGAAAAUCGUGGAUCCAAGGAUAUAAGUAAGUGUCUACCCCUGUAUGAGAUCGACGCUGAAGUUUGUCGAUCAGAAUCGUGCUUGAACGGUGGAAAAUGUGUACAAGAAGAGGACAACUUCGGUUGCGAGUGUCCUGACUACUAUGUCGGUUCAAAGUGCGAGACGUUUCGAGAUCCUUGCGAUUCUUCGCCCUGUCUGCACGAAGGGUCGUGCAACCUGCAGAGUCUUUCAAACAACACGAUAUAUUACACUUGUGCGUGCAAAAGUGGAUACACAGGAGAGAAUUGUGAGAUACACAUUGAUGAAUGCGCUGUUAAUCCUUGUCAAAACAAUGGCGCCUGCGUGAGCACUGGAAACGAUUAUAGUUGCGAAUGCAAGGACGGAUUUGAAGGGGAGUUUUGUGAAAUCGCUGUGGAUCACUGUAAUCCUUCACCGUGCAUGGAAGGAUCCACGUGUCGCACUGUCGACGAAACCUGGCAAUGUAUUUGCAAACCCGGUUUCCUCGGUCGUCAUUGCAAUCUUUUACCCUGUGAUUGGAUCCCGUGUUAUGGGAACUCGUACUGCGUGAACGUCGAAGAAGAAAACGCAACGCGACUGAGUUAUAGAUGCGAAUGUAUCGAUGGCUACGCUGGAGAGAAUUGUUCGAUGAUUGUGAAUCACUGUAGAAGUCUUCCAUGUAGGAAUAAUGGAAAAUGCCUCGACAGGAUUGGCAAUUACACGUGCGUCUGCCCUGCGCCGUUUAAGGGGCGAAAUUGCGAAACUGAAUUGUCAUCCGAUUACGUUAUACACUUCACCAAAUCGGGAACAACAGACUAUGUCAGUAUGAAGGGCCCUUCGACUAAUCUUUUGGAGUUAACGGCAUGUAUGUGGCUGCAAUCACGAGACACGUUCAAUUAUGGCACGGUGUUGUCAUACGCAACACGUUAUCACGACAACGCUUUUACCAUAACUGACUACAACGGGCUCGUGAUAUACAUCAAUGGACAGAAAGUGGUUACUGAUAUUAAAGUCAACGAUGGAUAUUGGCAUUUCAUUUGCGUUACUUGGGAACACGAAAAUGGCUCUUGGAAUACAUUCAUGGAUGGUCUUUUAAAGGACAAUGGGACUCGCUUGGCAAAAGGAACUAACGUUCAAAGUAACGGAACUCUCGUCAUCGGGCAAGAACAAGAUCGCGUUGGGGGCGGAUUUUCCGAGUUGGAGUCCUUUCUGGGUAAAUUAACUUUGCUGGACAUUUGGAGCACAGUUUUAACAGCGGCGGACGUGAGACAUUUAUUCAGUACCUGUGAAAACUACCACGGUAACGUAAUUUCAUGGUCUCAGGUACAAGAACACGUGCAUGGCGAUGUUGCGAUAGUAAGCAGCCCGUUUUGCCACGGUUGUCCCUUGCCAGUUGUACCGUUCAAAGGUAACAUAAACGUCAGCGAAGACUCGUCCGAAAUUACUUAUUACUGCGACGCCGGUUACAUGGUGCGAUUUCGCGGCAACGAGCAUCCAUCUUUGAAAAUCAAGUGCCUUAAACAAGGACAAUGGGAAGGCUACUACACACCAGUUUGCGUCAGAAGAAAAUGUGGCUCUCCGGGAUAUUUUCCACGGGGUUACGUGCAAGGGAGAUCGUACUUGUUUAGCGACGAAAUACAUUAUUCUUGUUUGGAUGGUUACGAACUUCGAGGAAAUCCUCAUAGAAUUUGCAAUGCUGACGGGAAAUGGAGUGGGCGACCUCCGAUCUGCAUAGGGAGAACGUGUAAAAAUUUAUUGGCUCCGGAAAACGGGGAUAUCGAAUACGUGAUUGAAGAAUACGAAAGAGACGACCUUUCAAUUUUGCAAGUAGGACAGCAGCUCGAGUUCAAAUGCGAUCGCGGAUUUCGUCUGGUAGGAGAACAGUUUCUAACGUGCCUGGAAUCGGGAAUAUGGAAUCACGAGAGACCAACGUGUGUGGUCUAUGGAUGUCUACCACCGAAAGAGAUCAAACAUGGAUACGCAAACUUCGCUAGUUCGAACAAUUUACGCGACGCUUCCACGGCGAGCCUCAACUUCGAGACGAUUAACAACACUCUCGAAAGAAGCUACUAUUUUGACGAUGUCGUUGCAUACUCCUGCCAUUCGGGAUACAAGUUCCAGGGCAACCAUAAUUUGUUGGCCGAAUUUAGACUUCGAUGCACGGAAAAUGGCAGCUGGGCUGGAUUUGUUCCCGAUUGCGUGCCCUUAAAAUGUCCUUGGCCCGGAAACAUAAAUAACGGCAAACUAUUUUUGAAAAUACAAAACAACGAUACGAUAGAGCUUUCCAAGAAACAGACGUCCAACGUUACGAAUGCAGAAAUUGGAACUGCAAAAGGAGACGAUUUCGACGGGAACGAAGAUCUGGGAGCGCAUUUCGUUCUUGGAUCCCAAAUUUUAAUAGAAUGCGAUGCAGGAUACAAAUUAAUCGGAGAUGGCGUUAGAACUUGCACAGAGAAUGAAGAAUGGUCGUCAAAGUUCCCGUCGUGUGAACCACGUGAAUGCCCUAUCUUGGAUCAUCCACUUUUUCGACGUCUUAACGAAGAAAAAACUUGGAACAAUCAAAGUAUAAAGGACAAUGGAAAACAUUACAAUGAUUCUUAUAGAAAUGUGCAAUAUUUUCUGGAAGGCUAUACUUACACGAAGAAAAUAGUUCUUACCUGCAGGAAUAAUGUUGGAAUUAAAUUGACUGAUGGAGAUACUGACGAAUCUGUUUCGAAUUUGACGUGGUCUUGCGAUGAGAAUGGAAAAUGGAAUAUCGACCAUUUGAAAUUAAACGACACCAUAAUUGAAGAUUUAUUCGAUAAUAGGAUGGACGCUUUUUGUCAAGAAUCGAUGUGCCCUUUAGCUAAAGUUUCAGAAUAUGGAUACAUAGCUGGCAAUGCCAAUAAUUAUUCGAGAACUAUAAACAGUACUAUUACUUUCAAAUGUCGCCACGGUUAUAUUCUUGAAGGUAACGAAGAAUCGGUCUGUUUUCCAAACAGUACAUGGUCUGCCAUUCCUUCUUGCAAACCUGUAGCAUGUGGAAAACCGCCAACAAUUAUAAAUGCAGUGUUGAAAGAAGAUAAUGUUAAUGCAACAAAUUUUUCAUUUGGUAACAUGGUCACUUAUCAAUGCCUGCCUGGAUACUUGAUGUUCGGGCAACCGAAUGCUCGAUGCCUUGCAAAUGGAAAAUGGUCUAGAAUGUACAGUAAAUGUUCAAAACUCUCGUGUAAUAAGCCAAAACUUCCUCCCGGUGUUACUGUUCAUGGUCGUUCGUACUUGUAUCAAGAUCAAUUAACUUAUGUAUGCCCUAAUGGCAAAAAGCAAGGUCUCAUCACGUGCAAAGCAGAUGGACAUUGGAGUGAAUUAUCAGCUUGCGACAAGAAUCAAUAAAGGGAAUUCUUAAUAUAAUUGUAAAACAAUGUGUAUUUAAAAUUAGAACAUUGUGGCAAAUCAUUUGAGUUUUUUAUUAAAUUUUUAUUAUUUUAUAAUACUUUCCCAUUUUACAUCUCAUAAGCAUGUUUUCACAAAAUAAUAUUAUUGUCCGCGUGAUAAUUCUGCUAAUAAUGAAUCUUACCGUUAUUUUCAAAAUAUUCUACGUAUUUAUGUAUAUAAUUUUGAAACCGAGUGAAAAUGGUUCUUGCAAGUAGUUAUUAAUAAAUAUAUAAUACUGAGCAUUUGAUAGAUCUCCAAUUUUAUUACUUGUCUUACUUGAUAAAAGCAAACUUCUUAUUGAUGUAAAAAGGUUAUGUAUUAUUACAUAUAAUAGUGAAAAAAUGUUAUGACAAAACAGUAUGUUUCGGAAAUUAGUAGCACUUGUAUGUAUUAAAUGUAACAGAAAAGUAAAAGAAUGGAUAUAUAUAACAACAUAUUAUUAAUAGAUCAUCACAUAUACACAUCUGUUGAUAUAGUACACUGCAUUUUGGUAUAAAUAGGAUUCAUACAAUAUAUAUGUACGUAAUUCGUAUGUAUAAAACGCACUGUAUCAGAAUAUCUGAGGAAGAGCAAUGAAAGACAAAAACAUGAAAAUAAUUUGUGGUAUGAAAAAUUUGAGUCACAU